UCUUUCACCAACCAUCUUCUUCUUCCUUCAUCAACUUUCAAGAAAAAGAAAAAGAUUAUACAAUUUUUGAUAUUGUGUGUGUGUGUGUUUUCUUUUGACAAAAAUGAGGUACAAAAUGGAAAGAUUUGUGUUACUUCCAUUUUCUGUAGGUUGUAUCUCUGAAUCAAGUGUUGCAAUUGGUCAUCAGCAGCAGCAACAACAUAAAAGUUCAAGCCUUCAUCAAGCUAACUUUACCCCCAUAAGAAGGGAAGAAGAAGAAAAGGAAGAAGAGGAAGAUGAUGAGAAAAACUUGGAGGGUGAAAAUUUGAAGAGCCCAUUAGGCCUUCCCAAAUUUCAAAGGCUAUUUAAGAAUUUCAAGAACUUGUCUCACUUAUUUGUGGAUAAGGACCAAAUGGAAGAAGAAGAUGAAGAAAUGGGGAUGGAAAUAGGAUUACCAACAGAUGUGAAACAUGUAACACACAUUGGAAUUGAUGGUGAUGAUGAAGCUACUUCAUUAAUCUUUAAUUCAACAAGGACUAAUUGGGAUUAUCUUAAUCUCAAAUCCCCGAAUAAUCAUGAUUUACUCACUAAAUUCUCUUUUGCCAAUCUGGCUAAUCACUCCCCUAAUCACACAUCCAUGGCUACCUCUUCUUAAUUAAUAAUAUUGUAUAAUUCUACUUAAUUACUACUUAAUACUUUUGGUUCUUAUCGAAAGUAAUUGUACUAUGUUGAUUACUUGCCUAUGUAGCUUGUUGGGUGUGGGAAAAAAAAUUCCAAAUGUAUAUUUUCUCCUCUUUAUUAUUUUUUUUGUUUUACUUUGCUAAAAAAAAACAAAUGAACUCAUUAAUUAAUUAAUAUUAUUAUUAGUGUUUGUGUGA